CCCGUGCCCAUUCGGCCCCGCCUUCCAGUCCUGGGAAGGAGAAAAAGGCUGGAAGACAGAGAGAGAGAAGAGAGAGAGGGGGAAGGAAGGAGCAGUCCCAGUCUCUCAGAGAAGCAGACUUUGCGCUGCAUGGCAGAGUUCUUCAACUUUUGUGUGGAACGCAGAAACUCUCCUUCUCUCUCUCGGGCUCUCAUGGCCUUUCUCUAUUCCAGUCCACUGCUCCAGUAGAAUGUCUCUCUCUUUCCUGUUUAUUCUUUCAUUUUUCAUCUUGAGGAUAAAUAGUUGUUCUUAUUACGCAAAUGGGUUCUCAGACAUCAGACGCUUCAUUUAACGAUUUCCUUCUUUCUUUUUCUACUUUUUUGUAUUGCUUUUCUGUAUUUGCUCUAAACUUUAGACCCCAUUUACCAACUGGAGAAUGAACUGCAUUAGUUCCUUUUCUGGGUUGGAAUGAUGAAAGGGUAUGUGAUAAAAAGCUGUUCUGGUAAGAUAUUUUGAUGGUUUUGUGAGCUAUGAACCGGACGACUGAUUUCUAGGCGUGAUGAGCUUUUUGAGGACACUUGCUCUUAUGGUUUCCAUUGAAUCUUUGAACUAUUUGAACUUAGAAGUUUUCUUGGAUGAUCAGGCAAGUUUUGUUGCCGACAGGGGAGAUUGAUGUGGUGUAAGCUUUGGUUUUGGAAACGUAUUUUACCUGAUUCUCGACGAUCUCUGAUCUGAAUCUUUCUAAGUUUCCAUUUAGUAAUAAGCUUUCUUUGGGUACUGUAGCUAUCCCUUCAUCCUGUAUUUCUUUGAUAGAAAGUGGUCCAACUUUGCAGCUUAGCUUUUAGUGUGAGGACAUUGGGGCGUUUCUGUUUGGUUUUUGUAGUUUUGAGUCUUUGAGAGAACCAAAUUGAUUUCCAACGUACGGAGAGCUUCUUCUGCUUUUAUAGUCUAUAGAUUUGGUCUCUGAAGUCUUGAGGUUCAUCUGCAGCUUAAAAAGUUAAAGAAACUCUUGAAGUUUUCCCAUUUUCGCCUUUAUUUCCCCCUUGCCUGGUUCCAGGGGUUCUGUGAUUUUUCUUCUAUGGAUAAGAGAGGAUAUAAGAGCGGUUUAAACCAUAAAAGCCUAGCAUUGCUUGCCCUGUUUAUGUUCUUUCUUCGUAUCGCUCAAGGCCGAGAAGAGAUGACUGAGCAAAUCCCUACGGCGUCCCCGUCUCCUUCUAGGGUUCCCGAAUUUAGGAAUAGUCUUAGGAGGAUAUGCCUUAGCAUUUUGUUUGGAAUUUUAACUGGGUUACUCUCUGCGGUUCUUUUUGCUUGCCUUGUGAGUCUGGUUCUCCGUUACAUGAGCAGAACCCCAGUUCUCAAAGGCCCCGUGAUCUUCACUCCUAAGAUUGAUCCUAAGACUCUGCAACUAGCUCUCUCUACCGACAACCACCAGUUGAUUGGAUCCAGCCAUAAUGGGAAGUAUUACAGAGUUGUUCUUGAUGGAGGAGUCGCCUUUGCUGUGAAGAGGCUUGAACCCUUUGAGAAGGGUUGUCCAGAGAUAGAGAGCAAGUCAGUCAAGAGACGAAUUCAACAAGAACUGGAAAUGUUGGCAGGAUUGAAACAUCGUAAUUUGAUGAGUUUAAGGGCUUAUUUUCGUGAACCAAUUUGCUUGUCUUUGGUGUAUGAUUACAUCCCCACUGGUAGCCUUGAAGAUGCCAUGAACAGAGUAAGGGAGAACCAGCUUCGGCUCAGCUGGGAAGUUCGACACAGGAUUGCAGUAGGGGUGAUCAAGGGGCUCCAGCAUCUCCAUUUUAGCUGCAGCCCAAGAGUUCUACACCACAACCUGAAGCCCACAAAUAUAAUGUUGGAUCCAGAGUAUGAGCCAUUGCUUUCAGACAUUGGCUUGGCCAAGCUUACACCCAAUUUAGGUACCAGGGCAUCAAGCUACACUGCUCCGGAGUGUUUCCAGAACUGCAGGUAUACAGAUAAGAGUGACAUCUUCAGUUUUGGGAUAAUACUGGGGGUUUUGUUAACUGGGAGAGACCCUUUAGAUCCAUUCUUUGGGGAAGGAGCAGGUGGGGGAAGUUUGGUUCGGUGGCUUCGACAUUUACAGCAAGCAGGUGAGGCACUAGAAGCACUGGAUAAGAGCAUCCUUGGGGAAGAAGGAGAGGAGGAUGAGAUGCUGAUGGCUGUAAGGAUUGCUGUUGUGUGCCUAUCAGAUUUGCCAGCUGACCGGCCUUCAAGUGAUGAGCUUGUUCCCAUGCUCACCCAGCUGCACAGCUUUUGAAGAAUAAUGUAUAUGAAAAUGAAAAUUUACGUAAAUUAUUGGCUCCAUGAAAUCUCUCAAGUCUUGGCACAACAGCAUCUGUGCUAUUUCAAGAAGAAAAAAAAUAUAUAUUUUGCUAUAUGGUUCUUAGAUUUUGGUCUGCAGGGCAUUAUGUGCAUCACAUGCCAAAGUUGAAGGGAAUUUAGGUGUUUCGAGAAGAAUUUCUGUUUUAGUGUGCUUUCUCAUUUUGCAGUUUUCUGAAUCAUUCCCUUUACAGUAAUACUUGCAAAUUGCUUUGCA